CUUGUUAACCUCCAAACUCAAUCCCCUAUAAAUACAGAGUCAUACUCUAUUCUCAGUAACCAUCUUCUAGGGUUUUAGAAUUCACCCAAAAACCUCUCUCAUGGCAGAAGGGGCUGCACCCGAAGUGGCCGAUCCCAACGCCGCCGUAGACAUGGAUGUCGAGAACGCAGGUGACAACGGCGGUGAGACUAACCAGAAGCGUACCAGGGAGGACGAGGAGCCCCUGGCGGGUGAAGAUUCGAAGAAGCAGAAGGUGGAUGAGGAGAAGUCCGUAGAGGAACAACGACUGGAGAAUAGCAGCGAUCAAGAAGGAAAAGGGAAGGAAACAGAGGAAGAUAAAAUGGCCGAAGCAGAAGGAAAAGAAGAGAAUGCAGCAAGUGUUUCCGUGAAGUUGGGAUAUAAGAGCUUCGGUUCUUCCUCGGAGAUGUUCCAUUACUUCUACAACAUACUUCAUACCUGGCCUCAAUAUGUCAAUGUUAAUAAGUAUGAACAUGUAAUGUUGUUGGAGUUGCUUAAGAACGGCCAUGCAGAGCCUGACAAAAAGAUCGGUGGAGGGGUUCGCUCUUUCCAAGUUCGCAAGCAUCCUACCUACAAAAGUAGGUGCUUUUUCCUCAUCAGGGAAGAUGACUCUGCUGAUGAUUUUAGCUUCAGGAAGUGUGUCGAUCACAUUCUUCCCUUACCAGAUGAGAAGUAUUUAAAAUCUGGCGCGAAUAAGGAAUUUGGUGGUGAUCGUGGUUAUGGUGGUGGAGGAGGAAAGGGUGGCAGAGGUGGGCGUGGUGGAAAAGGGGGCAGAGGUGGGCGUGGUGGAAAGGGUGGGUUUGGCGGAAGAGGUGGGCGGCGGUAAAGGUGGAGAUGGCGGAAAACGUGGGCCUGGCGGAAGAGGUGGGCCUGGUGGUCAUGGGUGAGGAGGAGAGUGGAGAUAUUGAAUAUGAUGGUUUUUAACCAAAAUGUGGUUUUUUUUUGUAUGCUUGGUCCGCGUAAUUUCGUGUUUCUUGUUAUUCAGAUUUUGAUGUUAUUGAGCCAUAUCAGGCAGGACUUAUCUUGGUUAUGUACAGAACCAAAAUAGAACUGAAUGUUUAGUUUGGUUUGACUUACAAGAAAAAAAGUAUAUUUUUCAUAUGGAGACGGGUUUUAA